AUGGUCAUCCCAUUCGACACCGGCGACGCACCACUUACUGCCAUCUGGGCAAUCCACGAAGACGACGCAAAAGCACCCCAAAACGCACCAUGGAGGACCAUCGUAGCGCAUUGGAGCAAGAUCGACUAUGCAGCAGAAAAGAAGAAGGGGCCUGGCACUCACCCUCAACCUGAUUUCAUGGGCGAUGUCGUUGACCCCAGAUCCACUCAGAAGUUCCCAGGCAACCUCCUCCUAAAUGCCACCGUCGAAGGGCGUCUUCUCGAAACAAACUUCCAAGAAAAGCCCUGGAAGCAAGACUCCAAGAUGACAGGCGACAAAAUCCAAUUCAUGAUCGACAGCGACGCCAAAGAAGGCGACAUGCCCAAAUACGCCCAAGGCCAGCGCGCCUUCCUCUGCGGUUUCGCAUCUCACGCUCCGCCCUCAGGCAAAGGCAGCGAGCUGAUCAAGCCUAUCUAUCGUGACGACUUCUGCACAUGGGGCCACAUCGAGGAGGGCGGCAAGCGGUGGAAGAUCUUGCCGAUGUAUUUCAUUCCUCACGGCGGCGGCAUCGAGGCUCUUUGUCAGAAUGUGUCGAAGUAUAAGUUUAACGCUAGCAAGGGACCACACAUUGCUGCGAGGAUGGCGCAGAAGGUGCCAGAGUUGGUUAGUAGUGACUUGGUGGUUAGUGAGGAGAAUCCUCAAGGGGAUGGGGACGCGGCGAAGACGAAUGGUGAUGUGGAUCCCGAUAGUGUGGUUGUGGGAGGGGGAGAUAUCAAGUUUGAUACUCCGGAGGAGGAGCCGGCUGAUGAUGAGGCUGUUGAUGCUACUGAGGAUGCGUUGUUGAAGGAGCCUUUGAAAGAAGCGAAUUUUGGAGAGGAGGCUGAACGUGCUGAUGAGGCUGCUGUGGAGCAUGGGGAUGAUUGGUGA